CAAAGCAAGAACCCACGCAGAACAGAGACAGACAGAGCAAAAGAUCCCGUCCACUCUCUCUCUAAAAACUUCUCUCUAAACCCUGAAAAUCCUCAAGAUUCGCGAAGCCAUGGAUUGGGUCCGUGGCAAAGAGAUUGGCCACGGCGGCUUCGCCACCAUCCACCUCGCCACGCCCGCCGAAACCUGCCCCUCCGGCCUCCCUCCGUUGAUGGCCGUCAAGUCCUGCGACGCGGCCCUGUCUUCCUCCCUCAGGCACGAGAGGCGGGUCCUGAGCGAACUCGGCGACUGCCCGCGGAUCGUCCGCUGCUUCGGCCACUCGCUCACUUCUGAGCGCAGCGGCGAGGAGCUCUACAACGUCCUCCUCGAGUACGCCGCCGGCGGCAGCCUCGCCGACAGCAUGAAGUCGAGGGGGAAGCUCCUCUCGGAGCCCGAGAUCAGACGCCACACGAGGUCGAUCCUGGAGGGCCUGGAGUUCGUCCACUCCAAAGGGUUCGUCCACUGCGACGUCAAGCUCCAGAACAUCCUCGUUUUCCCCAGCGGCGGCGAAGAAGUCAAGAUCGCCGAUUUCGGCCUCGCGAAGAGAGCGGGCGAGCGGUUGUCGAAGGGCGGGAAACAGGGCGGGGUCGAGUGGCGGGGGACGCCCAUGUACAUGGCGCCUGAGUCGGUGAAGCGCAACGAGUACGAGCCGCCCGCGGACGUCUGGGCGCUCGGGUGCGCGGUGGUGGAGAUGGCGACGGGGAGGCCGCCAUGGGGGUCGCGGGCCGAGUCGAACGCGUACGCCCUUAUGAUCAGAAUCGGAGUCGGAGACGAAAUCCCGGAGAUCCCCGAGGGGUUGUCGGAGCAGGGGAAGGACUUCUUGAUGAAGUGCUUCGCAAAGAACCCGAAGAAGAGGUGGACAGCCCGUAUGCUCUUGAAGCACCCCUUCCUCGCCGUCGACUGCCUCAACAGCGACGAGGAGGUCGUAAGAGACUGCGGAGUGGUCGAAUUCGCGGAUUCCUCUCCGAGGUGCCACUUCGAUUUCCAAGACUGGGUCUCGACGCAAUGUUCAAGAACGAGUUGGGAAUCCGGCUCAGUUUCUCCCUCCUCGGAGAUGGAUUCUGAUCCGUUAUUCGCUACAGAGCACGCCGCGUUGGAGAUCUCGUCGGAUUCUUCAUGGGCAAUGGAUCGGAUUGGCCAGUUGGCGAGCCACGAGAGGCCCAAUUGGGAACAUUCCGAGGGUUGGCUGACCGUGAGAUGAUCGGAAUCGUUGAAAGCAGAGUCAAGCUUAGCUAGAACAGAGCACAGACAUAGCAGAGAGUCUAGGAUGAUGUUUUUUUUGGGGGUUCUGAUUCAAUCGAUUCAUUUUUUUUCUUUUUUCUUUUCGGCGACUGUGAAUAUCGAUUCGGUCAUUACAGAGGAGAGAGAUGUAGAGAGAGACAGAGAGAGAGAGAUGCUUUCUUUAAUGCAAUGAAAAAGGAAAUAAAA